AAGUAUAAAAUCUUCUUUCUUCUUUUCUCUGUUUCUCUCUGGUUCUUCUUCUUCUGCAUCAUCUUCAUCUCAGUAUCUUGGCUACGACCAUCUAAGAUGGGUAGCUGCUCCAGUUGGAUCGCAACCCUACUAUCAUUCCUUCUCAUCAUCAGUUCUGCUCAUUCUUUUUACCUUCCUGGUGUUGCUCCUCGUGACUUUACAAGGGGCGAUGCACUUCAAGUAAAAGUAAACAAGCUUUCAUCUACAAAGACCCAACUUCCCUAUGACUACUAUUUUCUCAAAUACUGUAAGCCAACAAAAAUUAUGAACAGUGCUGAGAAUUUAGGAGAAGUUCUUCGAGGUGAUCGGAUUGAGAACUCCAUUUACACAUUUAACAUGAGGGAAGAACUUACUUGCAAAGUUGCAUGCCGUAUGAAGCUUGAUGCUGAAGCUGCAAAGAAUUUUAAAGAGAAAAUCGAUGAUGAGUACCGAGUAAACAUGAUUUUGGAUAACCUUCCAGUUGCAGUCCUUAGGCAAAGGAGGGAUGGAACACAGGCCACCAGUUAUGAACAUGGUUUCCGGGUUGGUUUUAAAGGAAACUACGCUGGGAGCAAAGAUGAGAAAUAUUUCAUCAAUAACCACCUUAGCUUCAAAGUCAUGUAUCACAUGGAUCCUGAGACUGAUAUGGCCCGCAUCGUUGGUUUUGAGGUUACUCCAAACAGCAUCAAUCAUGAAUACAAGGUUUGGGACGAGAAGAACCCUCAAUUAGUUACAUGCAAUCCAACCACCAAAGUCAUGCUUCAAGGUAGUACAGUUCCACAGGAGGUUGAUAAAGAUAAGGAGGUCGUAUUCACAUAUGACGUCUCUUUUCAGGCUAGUGAUAUCAAAUGGGCUUCACGAUGGGAUACAUACCUCCUCAUGAAUGAUGAUCAGAUCCACUGGUUCUCCAUUAUCAACUCACUGAUGAUUGUGCUCUUCCUUUCUGGUAUGGUUGCUAUGAUUAUGAUGAGGACUCUAUACAGAGAUAUUGCCAACUACAAUCAGUUGGAGACCCAAGAUGAGGCCCAGGAAGAAACUGGAUGGAAACUUGUGCAUGGUGAUGUUUUCAGGGCACCUAUUAAUUCUGGCCUACUCUGUGUGUACGUUGGAACCGGGGUUCAGAUUUUUGGAAUGACACUUGUGACGAUGAUAUUUGCGCUACUAGGAUUUCUUUCCCCAUCCAACCGAGGAGGCUUGAUGACUGCCAUGGUUCUCCUAUGGGUCUUCAUGGGUAUCUUUGGAGGUUUCUGUUCAGCCCGUUUAUAUAAAAUGUUCAAAGGCACAGAAUGGAAAAAGAACACUUUGAAAACAGCAUUCAUGUUCCCUGCGAUACUUUUCUCCAUCUUCUUUGUUCUGAAUGCACUUAUCUGGGGAGAGCAAUCGUCAGGCGCAGUUCCAUUCGGUACCAUGUUUGCCCUGGUUUUCUUAUGGUUCGGCAUAUCUGUUCCAUUAGUAUUUGUUGGUAGUUACUUGGGAUUCAAAAAGCCAGCAAUCGAGGACCCUGUCAAGACAAACAAGAUUCCAAGACAAAUACCUGAACAGGCUUGGUACAUGAAGCCAGUUUUUUCAGUUCUUAUUGGAGGAAUACUUCCAUUUGGUGCAGUCUUCAUUGAACUUUUCUUCAUCUUGACAUCAAUAUGGCUCAACCAAUUCUACUACAUCUUCGGUUUCCUGUUCAUCGUCUUUGUUAUCCUUCUCAUCACUUGCGCAGAGAUAACCAUCGUGCUCUGUUACUUCCAGCUCUGCAGUGAAGAUUACUAUUGGUGGUGGAGGGCUUAUUUGACAUCUGGUUCAUCCGCAGUGUACCUCUUCCUCUACUCAGUCUUCUACUUCUUUACCAAGCUGGAAAUAACCAAAUUGGUGUCUGCCUUCUUAUAUUUCGGGUACAUGUUGAUUGUUUCCUAUGCAUUCUUCGUCUUGACUGGAACAAUAGGAUUCUACGCAUGUUUCUGGUUUGUCAGGAAGAUCUACUCCUCUGUUAAGAUUGACUGAAGACACGAGAAGAAAUCUGAAAGUUCGAUUUUGAUGAGAGAGCGAGAGAAAUAUAGAUGUAAACAAAAUCAAGAAGAAAAUUGGAUUGAAGUUCAGAAAAUUUGUCAUGUUUUAUGUUCUCCCCAACUUCAUCAUUUUGCAGAUUGUAGUGUAGUAGUAAUUUGGCUUUGCUUGUAACCCUUGAUUCACUUAUAUUUUUACCUUUUUUUUCUUCUAAUUUUCUUUUAUGAACUCUGGAUAUGAUUUGUGCUCAACUAAACUUAAAUAAGCCAAGGCUGUGAGAGUUUCGAGUUCUGCAUUUUA